AUGCUCGAGCUGCAUCGUAAACACGGCGACGUUGUGCGAACUGGACCAAACUCGCUGUCCUUUGCCACUCUGCAAGCAUACCAAGAUAUUCAUAGUCACGUCACCAAGGGCAAGAAGCGGUUUCUGAAGACCGAAUUAUACGACAAUGGUGACCCCGAUCGCAUAGUAGGAGUGCAAAAUCCGGUGAUCCAUAGCCAGAUGAGAAGAGUCCUGUCCCACGGUUUCAGUGCCAAGGCUCUCCGCGACCAGGAAGACAUCGUCCACAAGUAUCUCGACGACUUCCUGCGCCAGCUCGGUCGACUUGGCGAGGAGGGUCGGAAACCGAUCGACAUGUCAGAGGCUUACAAUUGGGCCACGUUUGACAUCAUCGGCGACCUCUCCUUCGGUGAAUCCUUCGACGCAGUAGCCCAAGGCCGCUCGCACUACUGGAUCUCACUCCUCGUAGAGGGAAGCUUUUACUCCUUGCUCUUCAGCCUCAAGAGACGCUUGCCUUGGAUCAGACUCGUCCUCCCCUUUCUCCUGCCCAAGGGCAUGGCCGAAAAAUCAGAGAAACGCCGAGAGCUUAGCCGACACAAGUCCCAGCGCCGCAUCGAGCUCAGCAACAGCAUGAGCCGCGACGACUUCUUCGCGCACAUGCUGGCAAAGGGAAACAUGACCGAGGGCGAGCUAGCCAGCCAAGCUACCACUUUGAUUGUGGCUGGAUCAGAGACGACGGCCACCUUCCUCACGGGCGUGACUUGGUACCCCCUUAAGAACCCCGACUGCCUCUCCCGGCUACGAGCUGAAGUCGACAGCGCUUUUACCUCCAUAGACCAAAUCACGGGCGACUCCGUCGCGCAUCUCGAGUACCUUCACGGCGUCAUCGAAGAAGGUCUUCGCAUCUUCCCGCCCGUCGUCUUCGGACUGCCGCGUUAUUCACCCGGUGCCGUCAUAGACGGCCAUUAUAUCCCCGCCGGGGUCACGGUGGCGACCGAGAACUACUGCAUGGCGUACGAUACCCGGUACUGGCACAACCCCGAAUCAUUCCGGCCCGAGCGGUGGAUCGGUGAAGGGUUGGGUGAUGAGAAAAAGGCCAGUCAACCUUUUUCGAUGGGUCCGAGAGCUUGCUUGGGGAUCAAUCUGGCGUAUUUGGAGAUGCGGCUUAUACUGGCUAAGAUUGUGUUUUCGUAUGAUCUCGAGUUGGUUUCGCGAGAGAUCGAAGAUUGGAACCAGGCUUGUCAGUUGUGGUUGCUGUGGAAGAAGCCAGAGUUAUUGGUCAAGUUCCAUCCUCGGAACAGAGAUCACGUGGCGACGGUCGAGAGUUGUACAUAG